CACAUGGGACAUCGAGAUUUUGGGUUCUGUGAAACGCUUAAAGAUUCAUUGCCGGCAGACAAAUUUGCACUUUCUUGGAAAUUUUUUCGUGCACCAUUGUCCAUCGCAUCACGAGUGGUGUGCGUCCUCACUUUUCCCAAGUGAACACUGAAAGAGGAAGACAGAUGACCCAUAAUGUGGCGACAAUAGUUAGAGCUAGCUAUAUUUAGUUAAAUUGAUAAAGAUAAAAAACAUGGACAGAUCUGAAACAGAAUCACCUGAGCUUCAACCCCGACAAAGAGUUGGGACAAUUGGCAAUUAUGGCAGGUUUCGAUUGGUUGCUGAUUUGGAGCCAAUGGAAGUCACUUUUUUGCUGAUUGCAUUUGUUAGCAUUGUUGGAGCUGCAAUUAUUACGAUAGUUCGGAUUAAAGAAUCAGAAAAUGGAGAUUCAGAUUUUACUUUUGCAGUGUUGCUGUUAGUAAAUCUAAUAUUCAUCCUUUAUUACACAUUUCAUGGAGUAUUUUGUGAGCGUCCAUUUGAGCUUUUGGCAUCAGUUGCAGCAACUGUUGUGGUGUUAUUGUACUGUGUUGUUGAGUAUGCUAUAUGUGGGAAGAACAGUCACGGAAGUAACUGGGAUCUGAAAUUGGGACGGCUAAUCGUCAUUUGCGUUCUUGGUCCAAUCGAUAUUGUGUUGGGAAGUAUAAUUGCAUCUCGAUUCUAUCAAUCGAAAGGACUAAUUUUUCGGACAGUGGGUGGUAAUGCUGCAUUGCAAAACAUGUGUCAAGUCAUGUUCAUAUUUACAGCUUUCCUAAAGUUUGAUUUUCAGCUUGUCAUAAGUUUGUUGAUAUUGAUUUUGUCUGGUGGUUACAAUCAUACGGAGCUUGCAGAGAAACUUAUUAUUGGCAUAGGAGUUCCACUCAGUUUUUUCUGGGUUGUCUUGGGCUUUGUAAUGGUCAGAUAUGAGCUGCUUAAACUAAGUACAGCGUUUUGGGUGAUCAGUUUAACAGAGCCAGCUUACAUCAUUUAUCUCUUCGUGCGGACUGGCAAGAACUUUGGUACUACAGAUACCAUCUUGCGUGUGUGUAUUAUUGGAGCUGGUGUGCUUGCGUUACUGAUACGAGGUGCUGUUGUGUUUUUAUCGUAUUUUGUAACGAGAAAUUUUAACAAAGGUUUAAAGGAAAAAGUUUAUGGCGAUGGAAGCAACGAUACGCGAGCUCUGCCUUCCGAGCCGCCGAGAAAUUACGAUACCAUAUCACAACCCGAAUAAAUCGGAACAACCAAAAUAAAUCGGAAAAAUCUGAAUAAAUCGGAACAACCAGAAUGAAUUGGAAUCUUGCAAAUAAUCUCAUGCAACAUUAAAAUAAAUUGUACAGUCUUUAAAUAAUAUCUAGGGUAGCUUAUUUUUGUAUUCACGUUCGCGUUCUUAACUACGUAAUAGUAGAGUAAGAUUAAUUUACACGCAAAUUUAAUUUUGCGUACGACGAUUUUUAAUUUUUUUGUGUGAAAUAAAUUUCCGUCUUCUU